AUGGCGCACUUUUCCAAUGAUACCACAGCGGACAGCAUCAAGCCUGCGGGUCCCAUGAUCAAGCAACAUAGGGUCGAAGACGAGGGCAGCGAUGUGUUAUAUGGCGACAACACGUUCGAGUGUUACCAUGUCCGCGUUUUCCAGAACCGCUUCAUCCACGGCAGAUGUUGCGUGCCCGGCAACGGAUUCCGGGGGAUUGGUAGCAAGAACGCGGCCAAAAUCAAGAAGGCUUGUUUUGGACUGCCCCUGAUCAUCAUCCGAAAUCCGCAGGAUUCAGUUGAUGGAAAUGCAUUCCUCGACUUGAUCUCAGCGUUUCAAAUGGUCCGCAUUCGUGCACUCCUCACCACCGUGGCAAGAAUUGCAAAAUACCACCCCACACUACGGAAAGCGAUCUGGCGCCGCUGGAGUGGAAGCCGAUCUCAGGGCCUCGUUAUUGCUGCUGACUUCUAUGUCGACCUCGUGGCUCGUGGGUUUGAAGCCAGAUUUGAAGGGAGUGUCACCAGGAAUAAUGCUUGGGGUGAUGACUUUGAGUCGUUUGACAUACUGCUGAAGACGUCAAUGAUCCGUUCAACCUCUUGGCUCGACAACUCUGUCUGGAACAAUGUGCAUAACUUCGAGAUGGACAAAAGCCUCAUCACCACGGAAGUAAAUGAGUCAGAAGUUGGUUCUUGGCCUAAUCCGGUCAAAUACGAGCCGCUUCUCGAACCGAGUCCUUCAGAACAAGCCGCCACGAUGGACAUCAGUCAUGGCAGGACCAUCCAUGGCCGGUUCGUCGGCGGACCAUUCAUUGACGGGAAAUUCGUCAAAGGAUAUUGGUUCGGCCAAUCUCGAGCUUUGUCGAGGUUCUUGCAAGGGAAAUUCAUCCCUGCACGUAUGGUUGAUGGCACUUUGUUUGAGUCUCAAUUCGUGGAAGGCGAAUGGAUAACUGACGAGGAGUUCGUUGAAGGCAAGUGGCUGGACGGCAGGCUCAUCAAGGGUGUCUGGGUCACAUGGAAGGCUGGGGGAGGGGGAAAGUUCUUCGAAGGUCACUGGCGAGACGGCCUCUUCACGAAAGGAAGGUGGGUUGGAGAGAGGGUCAUAGAGGGCAAAUGGGCAGGCUCGGUCUUCUAUGAAGGAAGGUGGACGUCCCAAGGGGCGUUUCUGCGUGGCAGCUGGGCCAAAAAGCCAAACAUCCCUGGUUUGGUUGGAGGCGGACGGUAG